AUGAAAUUCCUGUCUGUCGGGGCCCUUGCCUUGCUGGCAGCACAGGCAGCAGGGGCUUCGAUCAAGCAUAAGCUCAGUGGCUACACGCUCACAGAACAUCCGGACCCCGUCAAGCGGGAGCUGCUGCAGAAGAUCGUCACCUGGGAUGACAAGUCUCUUUUCGUCAAUGGAGAACGUAUUGCGAUCUUCAGUGCCGAAGUCCACCCGUUUAGACUUCCCGUGCCCUCCCUGUGGAUCGAUAUCCUGCAGAAAAUCAAGGCGGCCGGAUUCAACACCGUCUCGAUCUACAUCGACUGGGCCUUGUUGGAAGGAAAGCAAGGCGAUUACAGAGCCGACGGUGUCCUGGCAUUGGAACCCUUCUUCGAUGCUGCCAAGGAGGCCGGUAUCUAUCUCAUUGCCCGUCCUGGUCCUUACAUCAACGCCGAGGCCUCGGGUGGUGGCUUUCCGGGAUGGCUGCAGCGAGUCAACGGUACCCUUCGGUCCGGGGAUAAGGCCUAUUUGGAAGCCACUGACAACUACAUUGCCAAUGUGGCUGCCACCGUUGCUAAAGCUCAGAUCACCAACGGCGGACCCGUGAUUCUCUACCAGCCCGAAAACGAGUAUAGCGGUGCCUGCUGUGGUGAGAAAUUUCCCGAUGGGGAUUACUUCCAGUAUGUGAUUGACCAGGCCCGCAAUGCCGGGAUCGUCGUUCCUAUGAUCAGUAACGAUGCUUAUGCUGGUGGACACAACGCCCCGGGCACUGGUGUUGGCGAGGCGGACAUUUAUGGCCAUGACAGCUACCCGCUCGGAUUCGAUUGUGCCAACCCAAGUGUGUGGCCCUCGGGUAACCUGCCAACAGACUUUCGCCAAAAGCACCUUGAGCAGAGCCCUUCAACCCCCUUCUCUCUUCUCGAAUUCCAAGCUGGCGCAUUCGACCCAUGGGGUGGACCAGGCUUUGCGAAGUGCGCUAGUCUCGUGAACCAUGAGUUUGAGAGGGUCUUCUACAAGAACGAUCUUAGUUUCGGAACGGCUAUUCUGAACCUGUAUAUGACAUUCGGUGGUACCAAUUGGGGAAACCUUGGACACCCUGGCGGCUACACAUCCUAUGACUACGGCUCGCCACUGACGGAGACACGCAACAUUACCCGGGAGAAGUACAGCGAGCUCAAGCUCAUUGGAAACUUCGUCAAGUCGUCCCCGUCCUACCUGCUUGCCACUCCUGGGAACCUCACCACGGGUGUCUACACCGACACUUCCGACCUAUCCGUGACUCCUUUGAUCGGCCGCGACACUGGCUCGUUCUUUGUGGUGAGACAUAAGGAUUACAGCAGCCAAAACUCCGUGUCGUACAAAUUGAACGUUCCCACCAGUGCCGGCAAACUGACCAUCCCUCAGCUGAAGGGCUCUCUCACUCUGAGUGGACGUGAUUCCAAGAUCCACGUUGUUGACUACAAUGUCUCCGACACCAACAUACUCUACUCUACCGCGGAAGUGUUCACCUGGAAGAAGUUCGGUAACACCAAGACGUUGGUCGUGUAUGGCGGACCUAACGAGCAUCAUGAGCUGGCCGUAACUGGUCAAUCCAAGGUGAAGGUCAUUGAAGGAUCUGAGUCUGGCAUUGUCUCCAAGCAAAUCAAGAAGGCUGUUGUGGUCGGCUGGGACGUUUCGACCACUCGUCGCAUUAUUCAGAUUGGAGACCUGCGGGUCAUUCUUCUCGACCGAAACUCCGCUUAUAACUACUGGGUGCCCCAGCUUCCUGCGGAAGGCACUUCGCCUGGCUACAGCACUCAAAAGAAUGUUGCCUCGUCCAUCAUCGUCAACGCAGGCUACCUCGUCCGGACGGCUUACGUGAAGGGCAGCGACCUCCACCUGACUGCCGACUUUAACGCCACGACUCCGAUCGAGGUGAUCGGAGCCCCCAGCAAAGCCAAAAAUCUGGUCAUCAACGGUAAGAAGGCCUCCCACAAAGUCGACAAGAACGGCAUCUGGUCCAGCGAAGUCAAGUAUACCGCGCCCAAGAUUAAACUCCCAGAGUUGGAAAAGUUGGACUGGAAGUAUCUGGACACCCUGCCCGAAAUCAAGUCCUCGUACGAUGACUCCGACUGGCCUGCGGCAGACCUCAAGAAGACCAAAAAUACUCUCCGCCCAUUGGAUACUCCGAUGUCUCUUUACUCGUCUGAUUACGGAUUCCACACUGGAUAUCUGGUCUACCGCGGUCACUUCAAGGCCAACGGCGACGAGACCGAGUUGUUCAUUCGGACCCAGGGUGGCUCGGCCUUUGGCAGCGCCGUCUGGCUAGACGACAAGCACAUCGGUUCCUGGACCGGUAUCGACAAGAACAAAGACUACAACGCGACCUAUGAGCUUCCCAAGCUCAAGCGCGGCAAGUCAUACGUGUUCACCGUGGUGAUCGACAACAUGGGUCUCGACGAGAACUGGAUCGUCGGUCAGGAGGAGAUGAAGAACCCGCGCGGUGUUCUGAACUAUAAGCUUUCCGGUCGGGAUGCCAGCGCCAUCACCUGGAAGCUGACCGGCAACCUUGGUGGUGAGGACUAUGCCGACAAGGCCCGAGGACCUCUGAACGAAGGUGGUCUCUUUGCCGAACGUCAAGGCUACCACCUACCGCAGCCUCCCACCAAGAACUGGAAAUCCGGUAGUCCCUUCAAGGGCCUGUCGAAGCCGGGCGUUGCCUUCUACGCCACCCAAUUCGAGCUUGAUAUCCCCAAGGGCUGGGACGUGCCGUUGUACUUCAACUUUGGCAAUAGCACUGAGGCCGCGUACCGCGUGCAGCUCUAUGUCAACGGAUACCAGUACGGCAAAUAUGUGAGCAACGUGGGUCCGCAGACCAGCUACCCAGUCCCUGAAGGUGUCUUGAACUACCGCGGAACCAACUACGUUGCGUUGACGCUGUUUGCGUUGGAGUCGGACGGCGCCAAGGUGGAGAGCUUGGAAUUGGUGAACACGACGCCGGUGUUGACGGCACUGGGCGAGAUCAAGGCAGCGGAUCAACCGAAGUAUAAGAGUCGGAAGGGGGCCUAUUAA